CUUCUGCGCAUGAGCGAUUUACACAGCUCGUGUUUUGACUAGCAUCACCGCCAGAAGAGCGCGUGGGGUCCGAAAUACAGUCAUGGCUUUAAUCGGUGUUAGUGGAGAGUGGAUGUUUCUGUCAUGUGGCACUAAAUUGAUAGCGGCUCACAUCAAGCAGGACAGAGAGCCAUUUGUAUUUGACUGUAGCACCGCCAAGAAAAGAGAAAAUGAUCCAAAGGCUGAUGACAAUAGCCUUGCAGGGACAACUGGAAGUGACGUUAUACUUGCCUUCAGAAUUUCCCCCUCUGGGAAACUGGUGGCCCUCACCGAUGACUCCAAACGACUGGUCCUGUUGCAGUAUGAGCAUUCUUGGCAGUGUGUCAGCACCAGGUGGUUAGUGAGGAGGGGCACGUCCUUGGUGUUUAACAGGGCAGAGGACGAGGUGCUCGUGGCUGAUAAAUCGGGUGAUGUGUAUUCCUUCUCUGUGAUGCAACCGGAGAGAGAAGGCGAGCUCAAGAUGGGCCACCUAUCCAUGAUCCUAGCUGUUGCUGUGUCACCUAACGAUAAGUAUAUCAUCACUGCUGACCGUGAUGAAAAAAUACGAGUGAGUCACCUUUGUUCUCCACACAGCAUCCAGUCCUUCUGUCUAGGGCACAAAGAGUUUGUCAGCUCACUGUUGGUUCCUUCAGGUGAUCUGCCCUGGUUACUGUCAGGAUCAGGGGAUGGGACGAUGAAGCUGUGGGAGUAUAGUACUGGUCAGAAACUCCAAAGUUGGGACUUGAACGACCUGGAAGAGACACUUGUCCCUAAAACGGAGAAUGAGGGGAAGGUAACUGUUUGCCAUAUUACUGGCUCCUCUGAUGGGCGUCACAUAGCUGUGCAGUGUGACAGAAUGUCAACAGUUCAGUUUUUCAUGCUGAACCAGGAGAAUAAAGAGAAGAAACUUGUACCACACAGCAGGCUUUCCCUGCCAUGCUGUCCAGUUCACAUGACCUUUGACCCAGAAGGCCAGCUUUGGGUGCUGAUGGAUUCCUGUGAAACGCUGCUUCAAAUCUACAAGCUUGAACAAUGCUUCUGGAAGUGUGAAACUGCUACCAGUGUACUGAAAAGAGUGACUGAGAUCUUCAAGCCUCAUUGGCUGACACUUGAUGCUUCCACGAGGGCUGCUGGCCGUUUUGAACAUCUGCAUAAGGUGACUUUUGAUAACAUGACCGUGUACAUGAAUAAGAAGCACCAACGACUGGAGGAGCAGCAGCAGAAGAGGAAAAUGGAACAGGGAAACAACGGCAAGAAGGCCAGAAAAGAAGUUUUGGGAACAGUCACGGCUUUUUCAUCUACAUGAAUUGACUGUUUUGUGUUUUCCAUUUAUUUUACUGCUUUUGGAUGAGCCAUGAUGACAAAUGUUAAUCGCAUGGGAUCAUUUUGAGUUUGGCAGAUUUUUGAUUUGCCUUACACAUUUAUCAAAAUCUAUAAAAGUCAAUUUUGGUUUGAAAAGUACAUGACAUUUUUGGGCGCCAACACUUGAAUCUUGAAAUAUUCUGUCCCAAGCUAACAGUAGGCCUCUUGAUGUACAAAGUAGGUCACAGUUAAUAAACACUUCAUAAU